ACACGGGCUGACUGCAGCUGGGAGCUCCCUUCCCCUCCGACGCCUCGCGGUCUCCUCUGGCAGGAGCAACAUGAACCUGAAAACGGUCGUCAUCCUCCUGGUUCUGGCCCUCGCCACAAUAUUCGCGCUACUCGGGGUGCUGCUGACCCGAGGAGGGAAGCCAGCCAGCUGCAAGUCCCAGCCCCCGAGCAGCCAGGGGGGAGAGCACGGGGACCAGAGCCUGGUCUUCGCCGAUCUGACGCCAGAAGAAAUGGUGGAAGUGGUGACGUAUCUCCACGACAACCUCGGGGUACCCUUGGUGGAUGCCUAUGAUGCAAACCCCUCUGAUAACUGCAUUUACUACGUCGACGUGCAGCUGCCCCCCAAGGCCGAGGUGCUGGCCUUCUUGGAUCACAAGGGCAGCCGACCGGCCCGGCAGGCGCUGGCGGUGGUGUACUUCGGAAACCAAUUAGAUCCGAAUAUCACGGAGUACGUGGUGGGUCCCCUGCCCCGGCCGACGGCUCACCGGGACGUCACGGUGCAGAAAUACGGCGGGAAGCUGCCGUACCACCGCCGGCCGGUGCUGGGUAAGGAGUACGAGCAGAUUGGAACCUUCCUGCAGAAGGAGGCGUUCUCCGCGGCCCCUUCCUUCCUGAGCCGAGUAUUCAACUACGAUGGGACCAAUUUUGCAUCCCUAACCUCAGCCCCGCGGGGGUUCCGGUCCGGAGACCGCAGCACCUGGUUCGCUCUGUUCCACAACGUCAGCGGCUUCUUCCUGCACCCGGUGGGGCUGGAGGUGCUGGUCGAUCACAGCCGGCUGGAUGCCUCCCAGUGGAGGGUGAACCGAGUGUUCUACAACGGCCAGUACUAUGCGGACUUUGCACAGCUGGAGAGCGAGUUCCAGCAGGGCCGCAUCAAAGCGGAGGCCGUGAAGAAAGCCCCACCCGACGGGGGAUUCUCUUCCUUGCAGUCCCGAGCCACCCCCGCGGCUCCGUCCCCCCUGCAGUACGAGCCGCAGGGGCCCCGGUACAGCGUGCGGAACAACCACGUCGCCUCCCAGCUCUGGAGCUUUGCCUUCGGGGUGAACGUCAACACGGGGAUGCGUCUGUUUGACAUCCGAUUUCAGGGGCAGAGGUUGGUCUAUGAGAUCAGCGUCCAGGAGGCCAUAUCAGUCUACGGGUCCAACAGUCCCACAGGGAUGAUCACCAGGUACAUGGAUGGGAGCUUUGGCAUCGGGAGAUUCACUUACUCGUUAGUCCGGGGGGUCGAUUGCCCCUACUCAGCCACCUACCUGGACACGCACUACUUAAUAGAGAGCCGGACGCCCGCAACGCACAAGAACUCCGUCUGCAUCUUCGAGCAGAACACGGGGACCCCGCUGCGGCGCCAUUACUCCAACCUGUACUCGCUGUACUACGGGGGGCUGAGCCUCUCCGCCCUGGUCAUUCGCUCCAUUGCCACCCUGGGCAACUACGACUACGUUUGGGAUUUUCUCUUCUACCAGAACGGGGCCAUCGAGGCCAAGGUCCACGCCACGGGGUUCAUGACUUCGUCCUUCCUCCACGGCGACGGCCUGGACUACGGCAACCGGGUCGGGGCUCACACGCUGGGGACGAUCCACACCCACGCCAUCCAUUAUAAAGUGGACCUGGACCUUGGAGGGACGGCAAACAGGCUAGUGGCCCACGACAUGGCCUUCGAGUCUGUGCAGGUACCUUGGAGCCCGGAGCACCAGAUCCACCGGCCUCGGCUCACCAAAAGAGUCCUGCACACAGAGGACGAGGCUGCAUUCCCGCUCCAUUCCAAGAUGCCCAGAUACGUCUACUUUGCAGCCAACAGUGAAAACAAGUGGGGUCACCAGCGCGGCUACAGGAUCCAGAUCAUUAGCUUCACUGGGGACCAUAUGCCGGAAGCCAGCCCCAUGGAGCGAUCCAUCAGCUGGGAGAGGUACAAACUGGCCGUCACCAAACGAAAAGAGGAGGAACCAACAAGUAGCAGCAUCUACAACCAGAACGACCCCUGGACACCCACGGUGGCCUUUGCUGACUUCAUAAACAAUGAGACCAUCGUAAACGAGGACUUGGUAGCCUGGAUCACAACCGGUUUCCUUCACAUCCCACAUGCGGAAGAUAUUCCCAACACGGUGACAGUGGGAAACGGAGUCAGCGUUCUCCUGAGACCCUACAAUUAUUAUGACAUGGAUCCGUCCAUCUACUCCCCUGACAGCGUCUUUUUCAACAGCAAGCAGGACGCCAGCGCGUGUGAAGUCAACCACCUGGCUUGCCUGCCCCAAAGCGCCUCAUGCUCUCCGGCCCUCCCUCCAUUCACCUACGAGGGGUUCCAGAAUCUGACGAGACUGUAAGAGUCCCGGGCGGCAGGGUCUUUGUUCAGUAGACGGAAGGAAUUGGAUGCACCGGGGUCCUCCCUCUGCCCAGAAGAUCCAUUUGCAUCAAUGGAAAUCUGUCUUAAAACUGUUUUCUAGUGACUGAGUAUCUUUUGGUUAAGGAACACCACCUUUAUAAUUGCUUAUGAGGGCUGCAUCUAAGAGUUAUGGGCUGCUGCGACUUUAUGGGGUAGAAGAAAUGAAUCUGAGCGACUACUUUGCCUCAAAAACCCUACUUCAAUAAUCGAGAUGCGUCUGCAAGGCCAUCUGCUAAUUGCAUAGCUUAUUAUAUCAUAACUUCCCUAUUACAAGGGGCUGUAUCUUUAUGGGGAAACAUAACAUGCUCUGUGCACUGCCAGUUGGAAUGCGCAUUCGUCUUUUUUAGAAUCGCAUGCUCUCCAGCUCAUCGGAGGAAGCGGGUUUUGCCCACGGAAGCUCGUGGUACCAGAUAUGUUGUUAGCCUCUCAGGUGCCACAGGACUGCUCACUAUGUUUAAAUCCAGCGUGCCACAUGGAGGGAGGCAGGUAGGAGAGCGAAUGCUGUUCCUCCGAUAACAGUAAUAAAUAUUGUCUCGUGGCUCGUUUGGGGAAAAUAAUGAAUCCAA